GCAACAAUAUUUGUGAUGAAUUAUUGCAUCAUCCAAAACAACCGCCUUUCUAAGAAAUACAACAGUCCAGCUGUAAUGAUGGAAUCAGCUAAGAAAAUGGCUAAUUUUGGUAAUAGUCGGUCAGAUUCCAGCAAGAAGUCCUUUCAAAUGGAAAACACUAAAGGUGUUGGUUCCAGUGAUGCUCUAGAAGAGAGCCGAAAAUCAUCACUGCGAUCCCGGAAACUUAAAAAAAAUGCUGAAAUGAAUGCUGAAAAGAAUGAAGACAUAGAAAAGAAGCAAAAGGAGAAAAACAGGCUGAAAGUCAAGGCAUGGAGAAUGCGUCAGAAAACAGAAAACUCCACAAAAUAUUCUGAAAUCAAAAAGAAAGACACAGAAAGAAAGAAGGAAGCUCGAAUGAAAGUGAAACUCAUGGCCAAUUCAGAUCCUGAAUUAAAAGCCUCCUUAAGAAAGAAAAAAGCUGAAGAAAUGAAAAGAUACAAACAGAGAAAAAAGAUGAAAACAACAUGUUCUUCUGAAGAUCCUGGUGUUAAAAAGAGUAAGAAACCGGCUCUGGAAGAAAAAAAGAAAAAAGCUGUGAAGCGAACACAAGCCUGGAGAAUGCGAAUUAAACUUAAGUCUCCUACAAUUCCAAUUGUUAACACAGUUGAUGAAAAUGACAGUCAUGGAGAAAGCAGACAGAACAAAAGUAACUUAUCCCGUGCAACAGUAUACAGAUGA